AUGAUCCAUCACACGACUUCAGCUCCUUUCUACCCAUCCACCAACGGACGUGAAUUUGAUAUUUCAAUCAGAGAUGCAAAUGGGACACAAGAACUUUACCAGGAUUUUAAACUAGAAAGCAUAAAAUUCUUGAAGCCCAAAUCUCCUCAAAAUUUAACCUUCCUCUGGGAACACGACAAAGUGAUCAUAGAAUAUAAGCCACCUUUCUCUCUACAUUGUUUUAUAUUGGAAUAUCAGUACAAAAGUGACUUUGCUGAAGAUUGGUUUAGGAAAAAUGAAAGCUGCAAGUUUGAAAUACAAAGUUUGGAUCCAGCGAAGUGCUAUUCCUUCCAGUUUAGAGCGAGAUUCAGAUGCAGUAGUUCUUCUUAUCCGAGUGAAUGGGGACCAAAAAUACAUUGGAAAAAUGGCAGCUCUAUAGAUUCCUGUGAAACUGAUGAGUUCAAUCCAGAUUUAAAUAUUAUUCUCCAAUCAAGCUUGGUGAUGGCUGGCCUCCUAAUCAUGACAGCCCUUCUGCUUUAUAUCUGCAGGCUGAAGAAAAUUAGAAAAACACUGAUGCCAGCCAUACCAGACCCUAAAAAUAUAUAUUCUGAUUUGUUCAGGGAUCAUAAUGGAAACUUCCAGGAGUGGAUUACUAAAACUGAGAAUGUGCUGCCUGCAACACAGGUGGAAUGUAUAGAAAAAGAAUGUAUAAUUGAAGAGGAAAAAGAGGAAGAUCUCCAAAAAGCUAAAAUGGAAGCCAAAGUCUGCCAAGAGUUCACGGAUAUUUUCAGUUCUAGUCUAGGGGAGUACAAGGGGCCUCAGAUCGCCCUCAAGCUUGAUCCUAUGGUAACUCCAAUACGGAUCAAGCCUCGUAGAGUGCCUUUUGGGGUAAAAUCCAAAAUCGAUGCAGAGCUGGAUAAGCUAGUAGAAUAA